AUGGCCAAGUAUGGGCCUUAUUUAGAGGUCAUUGGACCAGCUGCCAGAGUCAUUGCGCAAGUCCAUUCUCUCAAGCUCAAAGUGCAGGCUGUGCACCCACUGGUGCAAUCCGCGACCAGUGCAGACCAGCUCCACCUUCAUCACACCUUCUUGCGGAAUGCAAUCGACGAAGCCAAAUCCGUGGGCGUACAACUUGCUCCAGAUGCUGACAACAUGCAUUCCGUGAGACUUGUCACAGCGCUGGCUGAGUCUAUGGAGUGGGCAGAGCUUGCGAGGGUGCUUUCAGUGGGACUUGAGGGCAAAGAGGAGAGCACAGUAGCAGAGAUACGCAGUCGAGGCAUUCUACAUGCGACUGAGUCCAUCAUGCGAUCACCAGUGGUUGUUGGAGAUUCAACUGUCCAGAAGCAAAACAUGGUUGGUCUGGAGAAACUAUCUCGCUUGCAGUCUCUACUUGAAGAGAUUAGCAAAUCCGAUGAUCUUCAGAAGGGUCAAUCCUUGGAAGCCCUUCGUUCUGAGCUGGGUCACUUGGGCACGUUCGUGAAAGAAACCAUUGAGCAGGGAACUGAUUUGACAAGAGAUGUCAAGGAAGUCGAAUGUGCGCGAACCAUCUUGACCGCCAAGAACAGCGUGUUGAAGUUGGUGGACCAGCUUACUAGCCUUACACCAGAGGAGUUGUUACAAAAGGAUGGCAAGGUUACCCUUCCAGAUCAAAGCAAGUGGGCUGAUCUUGCAUCAAAGACCAACAUCGUGACUGCUUCAGCGUCUGCUCCGUUUCAAGAGAAGUGUGCAGACAAAAUCGCGAAGAUCAAUGGCAAGCAGAAAUCCUUAGCACAUGGCCUGCUGCGUUCCCUCAUCCAAGCGAUUGCAAUUUCGCACCCCAAGGCAUUGGCAGCGAUGGAUUCUGUUCUGCGCUGCUACUCCAAUUGGAGUGCAAAGGUUGACUGGAGCUCACAUGUUCUAGCACUGCAGGCAGUGGUAGAUGCCAACCUACGACUUCUUCUUAGCUUUGAUGUGAAGGGUGUUUGGGGAGGUGAAGCCGGUGCUUCUUUUGAGAAGGAGAUUGAGCGCAUGAUGAAUUUGUUCCAGGUAUGCCUCACAGCGGGACAUUGGAUGCUUCUUGGCUGGGGCUUCAAAACUUAA